AUGGUGAAACUAACGAUUGAAUUAAUUCAAAAUUCUAUGCAAUAUAUGAAUCCAUGUCGAGAUCGAGAAUUGGAUCUGAGAGGAUACAAAAUACCACAAAUAGAGAAUAUGGGAGCUACUUUAGAUCAAUUUGACACAAUUGAUUUCUCUGAAAAUGAUAUUCGAAAAUUAGAUGGUUUCCCGCUGCUGAAGCGAUUAAAGUGUCUAUUUUUCAACAAUAAUAGGAUUGUAAGAAUUGGUGAAAAUCUUGAGCAGUAUUUACCCAACUUGGAAUCACUUAUUCUCACAAACAACAAUAUAUCUGAGUUGGGCGAUUUAGAUCCAUUGGCAACUUUGCCAAAACUUCAAACAUUGUCAUUAAUGCAUAAUCCUGUGGCAAAUAAGCAACAUUAUAGAGCAUAUGUGGCAUUUAAGUUACCAGAACUUAGGUUAUUAGAUUUUAGAAAAAUUAAACAGAAGGAAAGAGAUGAAGCAACAACUCUGUUCAAGAGCAAGAAAGGAAAGGAAAUGCAAAAGGAGAUUACGAGGAAAGCGAAAACAUUUGUUCCUGGUGGAAAUAUGCCUGAUCCUAAAGUCACAAAUCUUACACCACAAGAAAUUCAUAAGAUCAGGGAAGCUAUUAAGAAUGCUUCUUCGUUGCAAGAAGUGGAGCGAUUGACAAGAAUGCUGCAGGCCGGGCAAAUUCCUGGGCAAAAACCUCUACAGGUUCAGUUGCAACAAAAUGGACAGCAAGAGGAAGUUGAAGAAAUGGAGACAAAUCAAAAUGGGCAGUAA